AUGAGCCAACUUAGAAGCAAUAUAUUGUAUAGCUGUAAAGUUAGAGAAGCUUAUAAAUGUAAAAGAGAAGUUCAUCAACUACAUGUUGCUAAACCUAUAAUUCCAAAUGAACAUAUAGAAUUAAAGAACAAGAAUAAUCGUAAUAUAAGUAGUAAUAAGUAUAAAGAAAAUGACGAAAUAACUAAUAAAGAUAUUGAAAUAAUUUAUCAAGACAAUGAAGCUGAAACAGAAAAAAAUCAUGAAAACCAAUUUGAAAAUGAAGAAGAUUAUAUUUUUUCUUCUUCAGAAUGGAAUAAUGAUUUUAGUUUUGCAGGAUGUACUAUACAUCCUGCUGAUAAUAAAAAUGCAAAAUGGCCUUUAGAUUCUUUGUAUAUUCUUGAAUUAGAACCAUCUUUAUUUUUAGAUAAUAAUCAAAUUUUUACAAAUACAAAAUGA